GGACACUUUUUGAUAAACAUUUUGACUUCGAAUCGGGUGGCGCGAAGAAGUUUCGAGUAAAAAACAAAAAAAAAAACGCUCUGCGUGGCGAUCGUUUUUGCGGUUCGGUGUUUGUUGUGGACUAACCCGGCAUGGAACUCAGAUACGGAUUGAGCAGGGGAAUGCUCUCGGUUGCGGCCGUCGGAAUCCUGAUGGUCUGCACCUCCACCCUAAUGUUCUUUCACGAUCCGUUGGAAAUGAUUAUACGAUUGGUGUUGAAUUUAUCCGAAGGCAGCAUAUUCUACAGUCUCUGGUCUCAGCCUCCCUACGAAGUCCUACUCAAAAUAUACAUCUUCAACGUGACCAACUCGGAAGAAUUUCUCAAGGGAGACGAGAAAAUGAACCUCACUCAGAUCGGACCUUACGUCUACAAGGAAAUUCUCACCAACAACAACGCAACGUUCGACGAAGAUAGGGGCACCGUCACCUACAAGCCGCACCGCGAAGUGGUGCUCGACCACGAGCGAUCGGUGGGCGACCCCAAGACCGACAAGCUCAUCACCCCCAAUAUCCCCCUACUGGGCUUGCAGUCUUACCUCAACGAGGCCUCUUUUUUCACCAACCUCGCGUUUUCCACCUUCGCCAGGUCUAUAGGUUCCAAACCCAUCAUAGACUUGACGAUAGACCAAUAUCUGUGGGGCUACGAGGAUAAGCUGAUCGACUACGCUCACCAGUAUCUACCCUCGUGGAUCGACUUCAAGAGGUUCGGUCUUCUCGAGCGUUUGUUGAGCAGGGACAACAAUAACCGCGUGACGAUUGUGAAAGACCCCUCCAAGUAUCACUCGGCUACUGACCACUACCUGACAGAAGAGGAACGCCUGUCGCAGUAUCACGUGGUGGAAUGGAACGACUCGCCCGGUCUUUUAGACUGGGGCUACAAGAAUUUGAAUGGUACAUCGGGACAAGUGAAGAAAUGCCACUUGGUGGAGGGAGCGUACGACGGCACCAUAUUCCCCAGAGACCUGAGGCCCAACCGUAGGGUCACCUUGUUCAGGAAGGCGUUUUGCAGGCCGGUCCCACUCGAGUUCAUCAAAGACAAGACCACCAACCAGGGCUUCAGGGCGUUCGAGUACAAGCUCGCAGACGAUAUGUUCGACGUUAUACCCGAGAACGAAUGCUUCUGCUACAAGGGCAAGUGCGUCAAGGGCAUUCAGAGCAUCGCUCCGUGUUACUACGGAAUACCCAUAGCCCUAUCCCAGCCUCACUUCCUGAACGCGGAGCCGCGACUCUUGGAUACCGUUAACGGUCUGAAACCGGACGUGGGAGCCCACGGUAGCGUCUGUUCCAUCCAACCGGACCUGGGUGUGCCGCUCGACGGUCACCUGCGCAUCCAGAUAAACUUGGACAUCGGCCAGACGAAGUACAACUCGAGGACGCGCGUGUUCAACGACCUGAACAUCCCGCUGUUCUGGAUCGAGGUCACCACUACGGAACUGCCAUCUCUGGUGGUGUUUCUUUUGACGCUGAUCUGCACGGUGGUUCCCAUUGUUCUGGUGAUCCUCAAGUACGUGUUGGUGCUUGGCGGGUUGGCGAUGAUAUCGGGCACAGCAGCUUAUGUGGUGUUUAAAGCACGAAUGAGCAUACCAGCAGGUAUCAGCUUGAACUCGGAGUAUACCGCCAUACCGCUGAUAUCCAUACCCAACGAGUACUUGCACAAAAUGGAGAAACGGUUGAGUUUGAAAUAGCGGUUCAGAGGCGAAGCAGGAUUUUCCAGGGUACAUAGCCUUUUGCACGAGAGCUGACGAGGACAGUGGAUAUGUGAUGUGGGGGCGGGACACGGGGGUCGGUAAAUUUGUAUUGUAGUGAAAUUCACUUGCGAAAUGUACCGGGAAAAACGAGAUCCGGUUUAUUUUUCUUUUUUUUAAGCCGACUACCAAAGAGUGAUACAAAUUUUUGACAUAACGUAUCGGAAAUCGCCAGGUUUGGGUUUCUUUUAGGAAUUUUAAAUUUUUAAACGAAGCUAAGGUUUUUCGAGUUUACCCAGUGAGCAGCACAGUGAGUAUCACAUUGGGAAAGUCAGUAGGUGCUGGUCGAGGAUUAAAUCGCUGUUAAUUUCCCUGCGGCUUAGCCCUCGGCCGACUUCGACACAAAAUGGCGAAUCGAUAGCAAAUAGUAGGGACUCGUUUUUCACACUGUGGGUAAUUUUAGUUUUUUUUUUUUUUUGUUGUAAAUAGAGACUGAUUUAUUUUUAACUGUUAUUUUUAGUUUUCCCUGUAAAUAUAGUAAUAUAGUAAACGGUAUUCCUUUUCGGCCGAAAGUUUGCCAUAGUUAUUUAUGCGACAGCUUGGUUUUUUGCGAUAUUUUGUAUUACUUAGGUAUUUGUAUUGAAAUAAAAAAUUCGACGGAA